AUGUCUCAAACAGGUGUAUCCGAAUUCAAACCCCUCCUAAACGUGAGCGUUGGAUAUGGCGUGGUUGUCGGCGUCGGAUUCUUCUUCGCGGCUUUGAUGCUCUGUUUGACGACGCUUCAAUCCAAGUUCUCCAAGUAUUCUCCGUCGUCCUCCGAAGAAUUCAGUAGUGCAUCAAGGAGUAUCAAGCCUGGACUUGUAUGCUGUGGCAUUGUAAGCGCGUGGACUUGGAGUGCUACACUCCUGCAAUCUAGCACGACGGCAUACACAUUCGGCGUGAGUGGCCCGUGGUGGUAUGGUGUCGGUGGUACCAUCCAACUUGCUUUCUUCGCUAUGGUCGCCGCCAAGGUUAAGAUGAAUGCCAACGGGGCUCACACUUUUCUAGAGAUUGCUAAAGUGCGCUUCGGUACAGGGGUACAUCUUCUGUUCACUUUCUAUGCCUUCCUGUGCCUGCUCGUCGUAUGUGGAUCUCUCUUGCUCGGGGGUGCCGCAACUGUCAAUGCGCUCACGGGUAUGAACACUAUCGCCGCAUGCUUUCUCUUGCCGAUUGGGAUCGCUGUGUAUGUUAUAUUUGGGGGCCUCCGUGCAACUUUCAUGUGUGACUGGGCGCAUACGAUUGUGCUGUUCAUCGUGAUAUACUUAUUUGUGGGGCACGUCUAUGGCCCGUCACCUGCAACUGGAAGUAUUGGGGUUGUGUACGACCUUCUAGUACAAGCUGCUAUAGACACGCCUGUCGAAGGAAAUCAAGACGGAAGCUACUUGACGAUGAAGUCUAAUCAAGGCUUGGUGUUUGGUGCUGCUUCCAUCUUGUCAGGUUUCGCUGGUGUUUUCUGUGAUCAAGGGUAUUGGCAACGCGCUAUUGCUAGCGCGCCAGAGUCUACGACGAAGGCAUAUAUGCUCGGUGGCCUUUCUUGGUUUGCCGUUCCCUGGGCCUUUGGUUCAUGUCUUGGCUUGGCUGCUCGUGCACUCCUCAAUAAUCCGGCCUUUCCCACAUAUCCAAACCCUCUAUCUGCAUCUCAGACGAGUGCAGGGCUAGUUGCUCCUGCGGCAGCGGCAGUGGUUAUGGGAAAAGGAGGGGCCGUUGCUAUCCUGCUUGUGGUGUUCAUGGCCGUAACAUCUGCAGUCAGCUCGGAGCUUAUCGGCGUUUCAAGCCUCUUUGCUUAUGAUGUCUACCGAACAUACUUUCGACCGAACGCCACUAGUGCAGAACUCGUCCGUGUUUCGCAUUACGCGAUAUGUGUUUGGGCUGUUUGGGCGGGUACUUGGGCAACCAUACUCAAUGCAGUGAACAUCGAUCUUGGAUGGCUUUUCUAUGUACAAGGCGUGGUAUUGAGUCCAGCCGUAUUCCCUAUCGCCCUCACGGUGACAUGGUCUAAACUUUCGAGGGUCGCUGUUCUAGUCGGAGCCAUCACGGGAGCCAUUCUCGGUAUGCUCGCAUGGAUGAUAGGAUGUUGGAAGAUCUUUGGGACCAUCAAUAUCCCCAACCUUGCCGAGCCCUACUCGGCCGUCUGUAGUGGAUUGACCGGUUUACUCUUUUCAGCCGUGUUGACAAUAUUGAUUUCUCUGGCAAAACCGGCUCAUUAUGACUUCUCUGGCACCCGAGCGAUCGCGAUUUAUGAUGAUGCAGAUUUUGAGUCGCAUUCAAAUGCAUCUAUGGAUCACGUAUCUGCUGAGCAGAAACCUUCCAGAGACCCUGACACGAAGGGUUCGGAGAAGGUGGACAUAAUCGACGAGGUCCAAUCCGCUGAACAAGGUCCUCUCCAGGGAAAGAACACGUUCAGCAGAGCAGAGCUCAAGCGCGUUUUCCGGAGGGCUGCCUGGUAUUCACUCGCCCUAACGGCAAUUGUGGCUAUUAUCGUUCCCCUCCCGAUGUUCUUCUCGCAUUACGUCUUUAGCAGACAGUUUUAUACCUUCUGGACCGCGUGUACUAUCAUAUGGGUCGCCAUGAGUGGAAUCUUUUGCAUCAUCCUACCAAUCUGGGAGUCAAAAGAAGAAAUUGCUCGAAUUGGGAGUGGACUGGGGAGUUUGAUUCGAGGAAAGAGGCGGAUAAGAGCCUGA